AUUGUAGAAAUAAGUAGACAACGAGGGUUUUCAUUUUCAUCAGAAUCUCUUUGUUUCUCUCAAAAUAAUUUAUCUUCUCUUUUAUUGGAAAAUAUUUAGAUCGAUUUUACCAUCUCCAAGGCUCCGAUCAACCCUCAUUAGGGGCUUUUUCUGUUGAAGGGGCUUUAAAUUGGUAACUUAAUACAAGCUCUGGAGUCCGUUGAUGAUAAAAAGGAUUUUCUUGCAAAUCAUAACUCAAGAACAUGGGACAACGAAACAUGGUUUAUACGGGUCCAAUACUUGAAACAGAACAUGGUCAUCUUCAUCCAGAAGCUUAUGGUGGAAUCCCAAGCUUCAACCCUCAACGCCUGCCCGAAAACCAUACAAUAUUACCACCACUGCCCGGAAACAGAACUAGUUUCAACCCUCAACACCUGCCCGAAAAUCAUGCCCCCCUGCCCCACACAAUGACUCAAUACGAUCAUCAUCCUCAUAAUGUAUACAUGACACCUCCUGGUGCUAGAAUCUUUCCAGUUGCCAUCAAUCAUGGGAUUCCAGAUCAGAUUCCAUUUUCCAUUCGUGGAAGGAAUGAUGGUCAGUUUAUGGAUGGAAUUGGAAUUAAUGGUGCAUUUAAGAGAAAGAAUGCAGAAGGGUUUCCAGGGAAUAUUCACUACUUUUAUCCAGCAGCAGCAGCUGGGCCGAGUUCUUCGGUUGCGAUUCCGAUGAACACAGAGGGGGGAAUGAUGGAUGGCGGUUCUGGUUCUGGUUCGUUUGGGAUUCCGGAGUUUAGAGGGGGGAAUAGAGGAGGUUCUGGUGGAAUUGGGGUUGACCCUGUUUUGGCUCAUAGUAGUGGGCAUUUGAUUCCAGGGAAUUAUGGUGUGCCUGCACCAUGGUUAGAUCAGCAGUUUUGUGGGAAUGGUGGUGAUUCCAUUUCCGGUGCUUUUUCAUGGAAUCAUGCUCCCGGUUUACCUUAUCUUCAAGGACAUAUGAACGAGGCUGCAAACAUCGGAUUACAUGGAUAUGGAAACAGGAAUUCGGGAGCUUUUGUGCAUGGACCCCACAAUCUCCACCACCCACCACCGCCACCAAUGCCGCCAAUGCAAGGCCACAAUAUGAAUAUGGAGUUCCAUUCUCAGUUAGCAUCAACAUCACUCAGACUUCCGGCAAACACCGCCACCAUAAAUCCUUUUCAAAAUGGGAUGGAACCACCCGGGCCCGGGCCUAGAUUUGUGGGUCCCACACCCACACCGCCAACUGGGCUUAGGGUUUAUCGGCCUCACAGACGCGAGUUGAUGCUUGAGGCAACUGCAAGGCAUCGUGGCUUUCCUCAUCUCAGAGUUCUCCCUGAAGAUGGAGUUGCAAUCCUUGAUAUUUCUGGUUACCAUGAAGUAGGACAUUCAGUUGACCAUCACAGAGAUAUGCGCCUAGAUAUCGAUCACAUGUCAUAUGAGGAACUUCUUGCACUUGGUGAACAAAUUGGAAGCGUUGGUUCACGCUUAUCAGAUGAUUUCGUUGUAGAACAUCUAAAAACAAGAGUAUUUACAUCAUCCAAAUCUUCUAAUGAUCAAGAACUUAACUCUUGCGUAAUUUGUCAGACAAAUUAUGAUGAUGGAGAAGAAAUAGGGGUGGUAGAUUGUGGGCAUGAGUACCAUGUGGAAUGUGUUAAAAAGUGGUUGGUGGUGAAGAACACAUGCCCCGUUUGCAAAUCAACAGCACUUGCUGGACAACCAAAGGAGUCGGUGUCAUGAAAAUGAAUCCAAGAAAUGGAAAGGGAAACAUGAGAGCUUGAAAAAGAUUCGGGCAUCGUGUUUUUCUUUUUAUAUAUAUAAAUAUAUAUAUAUUAUAUAAGAGUAAAAUGAGAGAAAGAAAGGUGAUGGUGUUGUUUCUCUUGUUAUAAAUUAUGGUAAAUAUUGAAAACGUGGGUUGGUUGAACCUUUUUGUACAGACUUUUUUUCCUGUUGGUUCACUGGGUGUCUGUCGGUGGAUUGGAAUGGAUGAUGAUGAUGUUGAUGGAUGAUGUUGUUUGGGGGUAUGGAUGUACUUAUGAAUGUUAAUAUCAGGGUGAACAUUCUUCAUUCA